AAAGUCACAUCCAGCUAACAUACAUGUACUGUGACUGGAAGCAUACUAAUAGAAACGUGGAGAUGACAUCACUUCCAGCACAUGCCUGUGGACAAGACACAAGUUGAAGGAGAGAACUGAUUGGAGGAGAUGCAAGGAACAGGAAGACCGUGGCAGGUUGCAGUCAUCUCCCCCUCCCCUUACCCUUCACUUCCCUCCCACUUUUUCCCUCUCACUCUAAAGCGCACUCAGUCUCUCCCCUCAUUUCCCACUCCAACAUGUUGGCAGGAGGCGGCUAUGGAGGAUGCUGCGCUCAAACCUUGGUGUGUUCUUGCCACCUCUCCGGCCAGCGCACAUUGCCUCUGACUCAGACCCACCUUUCACCUGUAUCCGCCUGAAGGACUUUAAAAGGGAGGAGGUUGGGGAGGUCCUCAAGGUUCCACAGGAGAUCAGGAGCACUCACACCAGGGUCCCCAGAAGGAGCAACAGCAGCAGGAGAAAAGUGGAGCACAGCAACUGCCCUUCAUCUGUGGUGGAAACUGUUACCUCAGACGUCAUCGCCUCCUCUGGUUUCUCUCCUGCUUCUCCCUUCUCAGCUCCAAGAUCCAUGUGGCAAGAGGCAAUAAGGAGGAAGCGGUACCUCCUGGACCGGACCGGGGAGUCUGGUGUGAGGGAAAAAGGAGGUCAGGAGAAGAGGAGCAGAUCCCGGGACUGGCUGUAUGAGUCGUACUACUGUAUGAGCCAGCAGCAUCCUCUGAUUGUGUUCCUGCUGCUCAUAGUGAUGGGAGCAUGCCUGGCUCUGCUGACUGUGUUCUUUGCAUCAGGACUGGAUAGUCCUUUAAACAAUGGGACUGAGAGAAUCAUGACACAUGGGAACACAGACAUAAACAAUCACACCAAGAUAAAGAACGUUGAAGACCACAUGGCUUUUGUAAUCACUGUGCCCACGGCGUUGGCGAUCUUCCUGGCCGUGUUUGUUUUGGUCUGCAUCGAAUCCAUUUUCAAGAAGCUCCUUCGCGUUUUCUCCCUCGUCAUCUGGGCUUGCUUGGUUGCCAUGGGUUACCUUUUUAUGUUUUCCGGUGGGAUUGUCUGUCCAUGGGACCAGGUGUCCUUCUUCUUGUUUAUUGUUUUUGUGGUUUACACGAUGCUGCCAUUCUCCAUGCGGGACGCCAUCAUCGCCAGCGUACUCACCUCCACCUCUCACACUGUUGUGUUGAGUGUCUGCUUGUCCACCACAGCUGAUCACAUGGAACCGGUGGUAUGGCAGAUUUUGGCCAAUAUCAUUAUUUUCAUGUGUGGCAACAUGGCAGGGGCAUACCACAAACAUCUGAUGGAGUUGGCACUCAAGCAGACUUACCAGGACACCUGCAACUGCAUCAAAUCCCCAAUAAAGCUGGAAUUUGAGAAGAGACAGCAGGAGCGUCUGCUGUUGUCUCUGCUACCAGCACAUAUUGCCCGUGUGAUGAAAGCGGAGAUCAUCCAGAGACUAAAAGGACCAAAUUUUGGUCAGAUCGAGAACACAAACAAUUUUCACAACCUCUAUGUUCAGAGGCACACUAAUGUCAGCAUACUGUAUGCGGAUAUAGUUGGAUUCACACGCCUUGCCAGUGACUGCUCACCUGGAGAGUUGGUGCACAUGCUCAAUGAAUUGUUUGGCAAAUUUGACCAAAUUGCCAAGGAAAAUGAAUGUAUGCGGAUAAAAAUCCUUGGUGAUUGUUACUACUGUGUAUCUGGCUUGCCAGAGUCUCUGCCAAAUCAUGCCAAGAACUGUGUCAAGAUGGGCUUGGACAUGUGUGAGGCCAUCAAGAAAGUGCGCGAUGCCACAGGGGUUGACAUCAAUAUGCGUGUUGGCGUGCAUUCAGGGAACGUCCUGUGUGGUGUGAUCGGACUUCAGAAAUGGCAGUAUGAUGUUUGGUCACAUGAUGUCACAUUGGCCAAUCACAUGGAAGCAGGAGGUGUACCAGGGCGAGUCCACAUCACUUCAGUGACACUAGAGCACCUAAAUGGCGCCUACAAGGUAGAAGAUGGGGAUGGACAAGAGAGAGAUCCCUAUCUAAAGGAACAUGGAGUCAUCACUUAUUUGGUUAUUAACCCAAAGGUGGAGCGACGCAGCCCGCAGUAUCCCUAUAGGCCCAGACACACUCUGGAUGGAGCAAAGAUGAGAGCCUCCGUCAGGAUGACCCGCUAUCUGGAGUCCUGGGGCGCAGCCAAGCCUUUUGCCAACCUGCACCACAGGGACAGCAUGACCAACGAGAAUGGAAAGAUCAACACAGCUGACGUACCAUUGGGGCAGUAUCACUUCCAAAGGAGAUCUGAAAGGACAAAGUCUCAGAAAAAGCGGUUUGAGGAAGAACUUAAUGAAAGAAUGAUCAGGACUUUUGAUGGCAUAAAUUCACAAAAGCAGUGGCUCAAGUCUGAGGACAUUGAAAGAAUAUCAUUGUUCUUUCACAACAAGUCUUUGGAAAAGGAGUACAGAACAACAAUCUUGCCGGCCUUCAAAUAUUACAUCACCUGCGCCUGUCUCAUCUUUUCCUGCAUUUUCAUUGUGCAGAUUCUUGUCUUACCAAAGACAGCAAUCUUGGGAAUAUCUUUUGGUAUGGCAUUCUUUGUCCUUUCCGUGAUUGUCUUCAUAUGUUUCAUUGGACACUUCCUGCACUGGAGUAAGAGCACCCCCACUUCAUGGAUGUGGCUGCUAAGGUCCUCAGUCAUUAUUGCCAACAAGCCGUGGCCCCGUAUCACCCUCACUCUGACAACCACAGCUCUCAUUCUAACUAUGGCAGUCUUCAAUAUGUUCUUUUUGGAGGACAAUGUGUUGCCACCGGUUCCUAUUUACAACUCAUCCAAUGAAACGCAGUUUUACCCAAAUGGACAACAAGCUGCUUUUACUGACAAAAACAACUUCUACCUUCCUUAUUUAAUUUACAGCUGCAUCCUGGGCCUGAUCUCUUGCUCGGUGUUCCUGAGGAUAAACUAUGAGCUGAAAAUGAUAACCAUGUUGACAGCUGUGGUGGUUUACAACAUCAUCAUUCUGCAAACACACGCGUCACUGCUGGAUGAAUACAGCAGAUUCCUCUACAAAUCUGAAAGCCUGGACAGACCAGGAGUUCUCAAAGACCUGAAGACUAUGGGCUCUAUCUCACUCUUCAUCUUCUUCAUCACUCUACUUGUGCUUGCUCGGCAGAAUGAAUAUUACUGUAGGUUAGACUUUCUGUGGAAGAACAAGUUCAAGAAGGAGUGUGAGGAGAUUGAGACCAUGGAGAACCUCAACAGGGUCUUGUUGGAGAAUGUCCUACCCGCACACGUCGCCGAGCACUUUUUGGCACGAAACUGGAAGAAUGAGGAUCUGUACCACCAAUCAUACGAUCUGGUGUGCGUCAUGUUUGCCUCUAUCCCAGACUUUAAAGAGUUUUACACAGAAUCUGACGUCAACAAGGAAGGAUUGGAGUGUCUCAGGCUCCUCAAUGAGAUCAUUGCUGAUUUUGAUGAGCUGUUGUCUAAGCCUAAAUUCAGUGGUGUGGAAAAGAUCAAAACCAUUGGAAGCACAUACAUGGCUGCUACAGGGCUCAAUGCCUCACCUGGACCAGAGUACCCCUCACAGGAACAUGACCGACAGUACAUGCACAUUGGGACCAUGGUGGAGUUUGCAUUUGCUCUGGUGGGGAAGCUGGAUGUUAUCAACAAACACUCCUUCAAUGACUUCAAACUCCAAGUUGGUAUUAACCACGGUCCAGUGAUUGCUGGAGUCAUUGGAGCACAGAAACCACAGUACGACAUCUGGGGUAACACAGUCAAUGUAGCAAGUCGAAUGGACAGCACGGGAGUCCUGGGGAAAAUACAGGUGACAGAGGAGACGAGUCGCAUACUCCUGACGCUGGGCUACGUGUGCUCAUGCCGAGGCAUCAUUAACGUCAAGGGCAAAGGAGAGCUCAAGACCUACUUUGUUCACACAGAAAUGACCCGAUCACUGUCCCAAGGGAAUAUGAUGCCAUGAGACUUGAGUCAUUUUUUUUUUCUAAGCUGCACAGCCAACAUUGACGUCAGGUUGGAGACUUUGGAGCAUCUCAGUGGCGGCGAAACUGUGGGAAAAAAAACACAUUUGCGCUGCAAGGACAAAAAAAAAAAUUGCAUUGCCAGGUUAAACACACUGCAGCUGUAGUAUACAUUUUGCAGUUACGUAAGUGUAGCAUGUACAGCCCGUGAAAUGUAUCAUUACUUUUUUGGGGGGGGUUUUAAAGCCAAAGUGGCAGGAAUUGGUUCAACCAAGAAACUUCUUCUCCAAAAAGAAUGCAAAUAGUAUACUCACUCAAUUCUGGCAGACUUUAAAGGAGGAAAUAGCUGCCAAUCAAAACAUGAAUCUGUAUUCCAUUCACUUUACACGUGACAAGUUGGAUUAUAGCUGAUUGUGCAAUGCCAAGUAUGAGGAGAGCAACAAGAAAGGCUUUUGUUCGCCAUCAGAAAGUAACUUUCACAGUGUGAACAAUGACAAGGAUGUGAUUGACUUUACUAUUAACUGAAUGAUACAGGCCAGAAUGGAGCAUCUUUUAUUAAAAUUAAGACCACAAAAGGAAUAAUGCAUGACUACAGUUGCAGAGGGACAACAAAGAGACAUGUGUAUAUAAUGCCGUCUACCUUGGAAGCAGAGUCUUGAAUGUAAAACGUGCGCAAGUGGGGCCAUGCUCUGCAAAGCUGUUUUCACACUUAAAUCAGCUUGGCUAGCGCUGUUUGCACAAAACACGUCAACAUUAUGAAGCAGGUUGAAGUACCACGUUAGAAUAGAAUAACAUGUCAGCGUGCUGGUAUGUACAGGGUAGCUGUAGAUAACUGUGGUUUUGUAUAAAAAAAACAAAAAAAAAGAUAUUCCACAAAAAGUGUUUUGAUGUUUUAAUGAUGCAACUUUUUUCUUUCUUUUUCGUAACAAUGUCAUUAAAUUUCUAUGUAUUUCAGUCUUGUGGCGUGCUUGAAAGUGAUCGGUAACACUGUAUGAAAGAAACAGCAAAUGCCUUCAAGCUGCGGUAUGAAGUUGUCAAUACUCAUCAUCAAGACAGCAAAUUAUAAUAACCCUACUGCACCGAGCGGAGCUACUGUAGAUUCCCUAUUUCUACAUCACUUUAAUAAUUGAUUGCACUUACUGCCAGAGACAUGGUGGGAAAAAGAUCCUGUGAAAGGUUUUAAAGCCAGAAGGUCCUCCGCUACGACUAGCAAACAACAACAGCUGACCCAGAAAUAUCGGAAGCAAACAAAAAAGUUUCUCAGGAUCUCACAAAACAUUUUUUGUUUUUUCACACAUUUUAGUUUUUUUAUUGGCUCACGGCACACUAGAAAUAAAAUUAAACCCAAAAACCCAGCAAAAAUGGGAAACUGUAAAGAGAAGAAGCUGAAAUGUCGACACUAAUAAUAAAACAAAGAUAUGUCUUCAAAUAUAUAUACCAUUUCAAAAAAAAGUAAAAAUACAUAAAAUAUCAAAGUGGUCCCCUGCAUUCUUCGAUUUUCAGUAUGCGGCCCUCGGUGGAAAAAGUUUGGACACCUCCUCCUUAGGGGAUCCGUACGUCGUAAAUACAGUCAAGAGAGGAAAAACUCUGUAUAAGGUGCAUAUAGGAGCAGUUUGAUCUUCUCCCCUUAUUUUUACAAGUUAUUUCUACAAGAAAGUGUAUUCAUUUUAACCAUGUUAAUGCUGCAGUGUACAAAUAAGUCACAGGUGAAUGCGCUUUAUGAAGCUGUUCAAGCAGCUCCAGUUGUUUAUAAAUGAGUUUUUUUUGCUGUGAGGGUCACAUCCUGCUACAUGUGCGCCUGCUGCAUUUCAGAUGUAAAGGUCAAAUUUACAAGCCGCCUCUGUUGUCAUUUUACUGCAAGUCCUAAAAGGGUACAGCUGCUUUAUUGUUAAAACACAACCAGGUGGAAACAAACAACCGCUGUUUGUCCUGCACGUCCUCUCACUCCCACAGAGAGAUUUAAUGCAUGUUGGAGGGUUCACAUUCUGUCAAUACCUGGAGAUUAUUUGACAUCACAGAGGAGCGCCACACCUCGUAGGAUCCAGAAUUCUGGAGCAAGUGAGGUUUUCAGGUCCACCGCUGCUAUGUAGUUCAAGUCUGUCCUAAUAGGUUUUUUGUAGAUUGGACAGGAGUAAAGGCGACUGUCCUUGGUUCCUGCAAAAGAUGGAAGCAAUGGGUGACAUUUCUUCUCAGCUGUAGACAGCAAUGGAAAUGUAAAAAUAUGGAACAUGAACUGCUGCUACUGCUGAACAGCUCAGAGGAUUAGUUCCUGUCUACCGUUUUUGAUUUGUCACGCUGAAGUCCCUAAUAAUGGAUAUGUGUUCUUGUUAAGUUUUGUUGAGAAUCCACAAACAUUGAUGAUGUCAUGAAAUAUUUUAAUUACAUUUUGCGUCUCUGGGUCCUGCAGAAAUCGUUUUCGAUAUUUUUUCAAGAUUUGUUGAUCAAGUAUUGAUUUUAGGAGACAAAUGAUUAUUUCUUCAUGGGGGGCUGCUUUUUAGUCCUUUUAAACACGUAUAUUCAGUAUUAACGGCUCUGCAAAUUUGCAGAUUUUGGGUCCAAAUAUUUAUUUUUUCCUGGGAAUUGGUGAUUUUUGUUCAGCAGAAAACACAUCUCAUUCACCAUAAGUUGUCAAUUUAUAAAUGUGUCGUCCCUCGCCAUUUCGCAGCUCAAAUUCACUCAGUCACGCUUUUUGGAAUAUGACCUAUUAUUAAAAAAAGCACAUUUAAGCAAAUUUGACGUAUUUUGGCAUGAAUUAAGCAUUUUCAAGCAUAAAAAUUGCUCAAGUAACUAAAAUACAAAUACUGCAUAUAUGUAUGUGUACAACUUUGAAACUACUGUAGUAAAUACUAAUGAUUCGUAUUUCACAUGAACUGUUUCAAAGUUAAAGUUGAUAUUAUUCAGUAAUUCACACUUCAAUUCAAUAUGGAAAUAAAGAUAAUUACACAUCAUUCCUCAAUAGUUGUGUAGAAUAACCUGAGUCAGGCAAAAAAAGCUACGUAGCGUUCACUAGACUCGCAGUUCAUGUAUUACGUCCAAAGAUGAAGGUUCCAUCUCUGUGUGUAUCUUCAGACCGUUCACCGUUUUUCAGCACUUUGCCGCAGGGGAGCACCAGCAAAUCAGGAUGUCAUAUGGCAGCUACAAAGUGACAUUUAUGCCAUCGACCCAAACUACCUUGGCGACCGAUUGUCAUAGUGGGCACCCCUGAUUUAAGGCAUUCAGAAGAUGCUGCGACGAUAUGAUGAUUGUAUUCUACUAAGUGUCAGUAAUGCCACUGUAAGGUUCAGUGAGACAGAAGCACCGGACUCGAUCUCAGUUUAUAUUGCAGGUUUGAAUGAUCAGAACAGGCACAAUGAUGAUUAUAAUAACAACACGGGCUACUGUUGCGGUCGUAACCCACGGCAAACUAAAACUCAACUCCGAACUCGUGACAUCACUUCCUGUCCAACACCAGAACACAUUUAUAGCAACACAGACAAUUAUGAGUCUUAUUUAUGUCUUAAAUGGCCUAUUUUCUGUUAUUAAGUCUACUAUAGUGGGUAAUACGAGUGCAAAGGUGACUAUAGGCGUGUUAUUUCAUGGAUAGAAGGCUUUAAUAAUGUUAAAAACUGUAUUUAGAAGAUCAUAAACAGGUUUUCUGUGCUAUUUUCUAAUCCAUUUAUGAAUUAGGAAUCCUACUUUGUGGAGAUUGACUCAUCAUGGAACCAAUUAACUUACUGUACAGGUCAAAUGUAAAAUACCAGUGUUACUUUUUCACUGCCUAUAAAAAAAGCAUAGGUCCUUUUUAACAUUGGUGUGUUUCUUUGAUUCGUGCUGUACUGUUCACAUUUCAGCUGAACAGACCUGAACCACACUUGAGUUUGUUUGCAAGAGGACUGACCUUUUCAAGUGGUCUCGGUCAGCUUGUUUUGUUGGCACAAGCGUUUAAAUGAUCAAACUACACUUUUUUCCCCCCCGCCGCCUCUGUCACGCACUUGCCUACUUAUUACUCUAGAGCCAAGAUUCACAAAGGGGUCCGUGAAUAAAAAUGAAAAACAAAUUAGCACCUAAAAGUCACAAUUUCAAGUGCACCUGAACGCCUCACAGCACAGAGCGCACAGUCAGAGCAGAAAGAAGGAAGGAGAGAGGCAUGAAGUUCUUCAUUGUUCUGUGUGUGUUAGAUGAACAAAUAUGUAAGUUUGACGAUUAUGUCGUGCAUAAAGAGUGUUUAAUCUUGAAGAUUUAAUUUAUAUUGGCAUUCCAAUCCUCAGCAUUGUGAAAACCUGUCAAAGUAUGUGUGUGUCAGGAUGAGAGAGUGGGGAGUCCCCCAAAAAUGAGGCUUUAUCACUGCUUGUAUGUAUUUUUGUACUUUGAAUGCUGCGUUAUCAUGUUUGUUAAACCUUCCCUUUCAAUUUGGUAUCAAAUUAAUAUGCAGACUUAAACCAUAGCGAUUGCAAGUGGACAAAAGUGAAGCUCAAGUUCAACCCAUUCAAACGAAGGAUCCCAACAUCCCACACUACACUUGUAUUGCUGCAACUUAUUACCUUAGUGAGAAUAUUUCUAUUUUUUAUCAUUAUUUUAUUAUUGUAUUAACUUAGCAUUUCGAUUUACUUAUUUGUAUUGUGCAGGGUGGCGGUUAUCAUAACAACUGGUGGGAAGAGCGAUUGCAUUACAUGACGGCCCACCUCUUCCAAGUGUACCACGCCUGAGUACAGAUCAUUUUCAUCAUUUUUCAUCAAAUUGGAAUGCAAAUUGUACUUCUGUAUUGACUUGUCAUAGCAACCCCUGCUGGGGAAAGCUGAAAGACAACCGCAACAUUUAAGCCAUUUUCAUGGCGAGCAGCGUUAGUGACACACUAUUUGCCACAGACAUGACCGCACCUCCAUAAUUACGUGUGUGUGUUUUCCUGUUAUAGGCUCAAGCUGUAAACCUGCUUAAAAAAUAUAAGCAGAAAAGGCAAUUGAUGUUUCACGUAAUGUGAUGUAUGACUUGUCGUCUUAGUGCGUCAAAUGGUAGUACUUUCCACAGCUCUUAUCAGAUAUAUACUGUAUAUCCAAGUCAGCUGUCACAGAUAAUGUGCCAAUAACAGUCCAGUUUUGAUGCUCUGCUUACCCCUGUGCAUCACUCACAAUCAUAGCAGGGAG